AUGACACCUGAUGAGUACGUACAAGAUAUAGUUGCACAUUAUCUAGAGCACCACUCAUUUUCAAAGACCCUUGAAACCUUCGAAAUCGAGGCCAAUCGUAAGUUCAACACUGCCAGAGUCGAAGAGUCGCUUACCAGCAUAGUCAAUGAUCGAGUCAACUUUAAAGAAUUGAGGGAUAAUGCUGCUCUAAAUGACAAUGAUGAUGAUUCUCCCGUCUACACUCCACAGCAGAUUCAGCUCAUCAAUGAUAGACUACUUCAGAUUCCUAUGUGGACUGUUGUCAAGCCUACCGAUAAGCAAGAGCUAGAUAUACUUAAAGAUUCGUUGGUGAUCUACUCACGCUACGAUCGCAUCAAGGUGGAUGGUGCUGAUUUCAAUGUUGGAAUUUUCACUACUAGCGGUCUCUCGUUGUGCAUAUAUGACUUGGAUGCAAAUACUCUUCUUAUGUCUAACUCUGGUCUUCACCCUAGUAAUCCUAUUAAGGCUGUUCUCUGUGUGCCGGACACUGAUAUCGUGCUGAUGUGUGGAAUGGAAGGAUCUUUAACGGUGGGCCGUUUGGUCAAAGAUAGAGAUGGACUCGCGUUGGUCAAGUUAGUUGAAGGUAUCAAAUUACACAAACGAUUAAUUACAUCCAUUGAUUAUAUUUCCUUCUCAAAGAACAUGGGAUACCUCUGUUCUGUUGGCUGGGACUCUAAAUUUGUUGUGCACAAAGUUCAACUGAAUGAGGAUAAUCCUGCUAUUAUCAAAUUAGAUGAGAAAUCACUCAGAACUAAAGCUACCUGUCUAUUAACUAUGACUGACCGGGAAUCUGGACUACCAGUUAUUUUAGUAGGAUCCACGGAUAGCUCUAUGAUCUCUAUGUUUAUCAUCUCGAAUUCCGAGAAAUUGGUAGAGGUGGCCAAACUUUCGUUGAAUGAUUCGGAGUUUUCCAGUCAUUCUUUCCAGCCGAUGACCCUAGCACAGGUAGGUACUAACUUGGUGUCUGUUGGUACAGAUCAUGUUCCAUAUCUCCGGGUAAUUACUAUCAUGAUUCCGUCAAUAAGAGGGGUAUUGAAGCAGAAUCUCCCCAUUAUUCGUAACAUUAUAGUAUCAAAUUUAAACUCAAUGACCCCACAAAAUAAGUACUCUUCUCCAAUUCUGUUGAAUCGGCCAGACGAUAAGCAGGGUAUUUGGAUCUUGGGUGAUGAUGGAACUAUCAGGGGUUUUGAUUUAAGUACAGGUAAGGUGGUAGAGACAUUAAAGACCCAUAAAGGAAGGAUUAAAACUGCCUUUGUUGGUACAAAUAGUAAACACCAAGAGAUUAUAGUGUCUACUGGAGCAAUGGACCGGACCAUUGCACUUUGGAAGUGA